ACUUGUCCAAAAAAAUGAUGGGCAAUGGGAAUACUUGGGUGGAAGAAGCAAAGGUAUUCACAUAUAUAAAGGAAUGGCAUUUGAAGAAUUCACCAAAAAAAUCAUAGAGAAAUUCGACAUUUCCCUUGACGUGAUGAAGAUGCACUACACGCUGAAGUUCAAUCCCAGAGUCAUCCAAGAUUUAGAAGAUGAGGAUGAUUUGGAUAACGUGGUUUCCCACAGUGAUGACUUUGCAAAUGUAUACCUAGUAGACUUACCCUCUGUGGAAGCCAUUGAAGCAAAUAUCCCGAAUUCACAGUUGGCAUUUCGAGAUCCACCUAUCACGUUCCCGUCCUCUAAUGCAUCAUGCGAUCCAAUUCCUCAAACUAUGAUGCUAUCAAGAGGUUUUGCGUCGCGUUGUGCAGAUACUGAGUACAUCCCUUUGGAAUCGAUUCGUUUUCGUGAGGCAAUAUUAGGGUCGGGACAUACAUUUAAAAAUGCCGAGGAGUUUCGCAAUGCAAUUUACCAGAUGUCAUUAGGUGGGAGGUUUGAAUACAAGUACAAGAAAAAUUCCCCUACGCAUAUGUCUGUCAAGUGUUCAGUUGAUGGUUGUCCUUGGAAGAUAACAGCUCACGCUGUCGAGGGAAAUGUCAUCUUGCGAGUUCAUACUUACCAAGUGAAUCAUAAUCAUAUAGCUCAGGAUGAGUGUUCAUCUAAGGUGAAGGUUUCUUCAAAGAGAGGUGCGGUUGUUGUUGAAGAUGUGUUUAGAACCACUCCAGACUAUCUUCCCCGUCAAAUUUGUAAGGAUUUUGAACGUGAUCAUGGGGUUCAAUUGACAUAUAACCAAGCAUGGCACCUUAAAGAGAAGGCAAAAGAGCGCAUAUAUGGAGUACCACGCGACUCUUACACGUUUCUCCCUUGGUUAUGCCAUAGGCUAAGAGAAAUAAACCCGGGCACAAUUGCGGAGUACACUUCCCAAGAAGGUCACUUCAUGCAAUUGUUCAUUGCCCAUGCAUUUUCAAUUCAAGGGUUCAUCAUGGGGUGUCGACCUGUAUUGGCUAUUGAUUCUUGCCACCUAAGCGGUCCAUAUAAGGGAGCUCUUUUGUCUGCCAUUGCAUAUGAUGCAGAUGAUGGAAUGUUCCCGCUAGCCCUUGGUGUGGUAAGUUCAGAAAAUUAUGAGGACUGGUAUUGGUUUUUGGAUAAAUUAAAGGGGGUAUUAGAUGGUAAAGAAGUUGUUAUUAUAUCAGAUAGACAUCAGGGAAUCUUGCGUAGUGUUUCGGAGUUGUUUGGGACAGGAAUCAUGCAUAUUGUUAUCGCCAUGUUGGAAAUAGACUACAAUGAGGCAUUUGAAAAACUUGUGCGCUUCAAUGAGAACCUAGCAAAAUGGGUUGCGGAAAACAAUCCCGAACAUUGGGCAAUGUCAAAGUUUGUUAAAAAGCGAUGGGAUAUAAUGACAACUAACAUUGCAGAGGCGUUCAAUGCGUGGUUAAGAGAAGAGCGUCACCAAACAAUUUAUACUUUAUUGUUAAUGCACAUGGAUAAACUUGUAGCCAUGUUGGACACCCAUAUGCGUGCUACACAAAAGUGGAAGAGCGUGGUCGGACCGAAAACUGAAGAGAAGUUAAUGUCAAAUAUCGUGAGGUCUGGUCCGAUUAGUGUGCUACCCUAUUUGGGAGGGACGUUUAAGGUGUUUACUGGAGAGGUUUAUUUGGUUGUCGAUAUGAAUCAACGUACGUGUACUUGCAUGACAUGGCAAAUGUCCGGUUUGCCAUGUGCACACGUAUGUGCUGUCAUCCGCACACUGAGACACGACGUGUAUGACUAUAUUGAGCCAUGUUUUCAUGUCUCCAUGCAAGAUUUGAUUUACUCGGGUCAGUUUCAACCAUUACCAACACACAACAUGCCGAAACUUUGUGACGAUGGGAGUUUGCAAGAUUGCGCGGGCAACACCUUUCCUGCUUUCCAACCCCCUCAUGUGAGACGUCCUCCAGGAAGACCCGACAAAGGCGCAUUGAAUCACAGUUUUCUCAUAAGAGAGCAAUUCAUUGCUCUCGAUGCAAUGGAAUAG